AUGAUUUGCUUGCCUGUUCCAUGGUUUUUGUUUUUGCAUAAUUUUGGGUUGCCGGUUUCGGGUCGGAGUAAUUAUAACAUUGAUUUUAUGCAUACUGUAAUAAGACUGUGUUCUACUUUUAUGAUGAUGGAUGCAGUAUGUGCAAACCUGCAGAUUAACAAUGUAGUGAUGAUCACAAAAGAGGAUACGUCUUUCGAGCCUCUCAGAUUGCUCUUACAUACUACUCUUCCAUUUUACAUAUUACAAUUCCAUUCAAACUUGACGCUACCCACACUCGCCAGCAUACAUUUCGUGCAGUCAACAGAGCAGACCUGUCUUCUAGACAAUCCUCAGAAUCUUCAAACUAGCCCGCGAAUAUAUAACAUAUCUGCCAAACCGCUAUUCAAUAUGUCCAUUCCGAUUUUAUCGGACAGCAUGCCUCGGCUGUCGAGUAUGCAGCUAUCCUCUUCACCGUCUCCCCAUCUCCCCAAAUACCGUACUCAACAUUAUUCACAGCUUCGAAAACAGGCCUUAGAUAAGGCUGUCAAAUAA